AGUGCAGCUGCCCGAUUUACAAAUGAUUGACGCGCGAUUGGAUUUCUCCGUGAAUAUCGUCCGCGCAACACAGCAGCUUUGUCGUGAAAUUGGCAUUAGGUAUUCGGAAGAAUUGUCGCUGAAGCGAUUUAUACCACCGACACUUCUCAGAAGAGGUUUGGGAUUUGAGUCCGAUCAAGCCGGCCCACAAAAUUUGCCAUAUGUUGAGGAAUCAAUUGGACCUGGUACUCUGCGAAAACAGAAGCCUAUCAGUGCAUCAGCUUCCAAUUUAUCGCGUCCACUUCGCCGUGGUACCAGUCCUGCAUUAUCCACAAGUGGUCAGCUGUUCAAUGCAAGUGAAUUGGGUACGCUACCGCGUGCUGGAACAGUUCCUCGUGGUGUCAGUCCUGGUCCCGGUGCCGAAUCAGUUGGACCUGGUACUCUGCGAAAACAGAAGCCUAUCAGUGCAUCAGCUUCCAAUUUAUCGCGUCCACUUCGCCGUGGUACCAGUCCUGCAUUAUCCACAAGUGGUCAGCUGUUCAAUGCAAGUGAAUUGGGUACGCUACCGCGUGCUGGAACAGUUCCUCGUGGUGUCAGUCCUGGUCCCGGUGCCUACAGUGGUUCGAUUGGUCGAAGUCCAAUUAUGCCAUCUGUUUCGUUUUGUGAAGGACUGGAGAACGAGCAGUACGACAUGGCACUUGUUCAUUCACCUCGAGUUAUUCCAAAUAAGGAAAUGAAUGUUUUUAGGCCGCAAAAUUUUGCAGAAAAAGCAGCGCUAAAUCGUGGUUGGCUUGAUUCUUCUAGGUCGUUAAUGGAGCAGGGUAUAUUUGAAGGUGAUCUUGUAUUGCUGAGAUUCAAAUAUAUGUCAUUUUUCGACAUCAAUCCAAAGUACGAUCCAGUGCGCAUCAAUCAACUUUACGAACAAGCAAAAUGGUCUAUCCUGCUUGAGGAAUUUGAUCAUACCGAGGAAGAAGCUAUGCUCUUUGCCGCAUUGCAGUACGAUCCAGUGCGCAUCAAUCAACUUUACGAACAAGCAAAAUGGUCUAUCCUGCUUGAGGAAUUUGAUCAUACCGAGGAAGAAGCUAUGCUCUUUGCCGCAUUGCAGCUGCAAGCCACUCUACAACGUGACUCGCCUGAACCCGAAGUACCGGAGAAAGAUGAUGUGGAUGUAUUAUUGGAUGAACUUCAGCUUUUAAUCGCAAGGCCGACAUUACACAAGCCCAAAAAAUUGGCAUUUAAAGGCUUCAAACGUGCUUAUUUUUCGUUUCGGGAUCUUCAUCUUCGUUGGCAUCAAAAUUCGAACGAUAUAAAUGGUCCUCCGUUGGGGCACGUCAGUUUGAAGGGAUGCGAAGUGAUACCGGAUAUUUCGUUGGCGCAAUCAAAAUUCCAUGUUAAGCUACUGAUUCCGAGUGCCGAAGGAAUGAGUGAAAUGAUAUUGAAGUGUGACACGGAGCAUCAGUACGCACGUUGGAUGGCUGCAUGCCGUCUUGCAUCACGAGGAAAGACGAUGGCGGAUGCAAGCUACCAGUCCGAAAUCGAAUCGAUCAAGAAACUCUUGCAAAUGCAAUCAGGAGGAACGCAAAAUAAUGCGGCGAAGAAAUAUCCGGCUGUCCAGCUGCCUCCGAAUUUUAACGUCGACGAAUUUAUCUCCCAGAGAUAUGCUCGUAGAGCGCGAUCAAAGCAAUCCUUACAACAACGAAUCAGCGAAGCACACUCGAAUGUCCGAAAUCUGUCAAGCACAGAAGCGAAGCUGCAGUACAUUCGGGCCUGGGAAGCAUUACCGGAGCAUGGGACACAUUACUUCAUCAUUCAGUUUGAGGACGAGGACAUUGAAUUUAAGCCGUUGUCCGCUGAUUGUAAGGUAGCGCAUGAAUUUAUUGGUGGCUAUAUUUUCUUGUCCUUGCGAAACAAGGAACAAAGCCAAACACUUAACGAAGAACUGUUUCAUAAAUUAACAGGUGGUUGGGCCUAAAC